AUGGGGACCGGGCCGCGCAGCCAGUCCUUGCGAGGGCCACGGCCCUCCUACGGCAAGCUCCAGGAGCCCUGGGCGAGGCCCCCCGAGGGUCGGCUGCGCCGGUCACUGAGCCUCAGACAAGAGAAGUCCAAGUCCCCAGAUGCAGCCCCAGACGGGCCAGACGCCCCUGGUCAGGAGAAACUGAGAGACACGGAACAGCUGAUCCGAGCUCAGCGAGGAGGCAGCCGGAGGUGGCUGAAGCAGUACCGACAGGUAAGGAGAAGGUGGGAGAGCUUUGUCGCCAGCCUCCCCAGCGUGACCCUGAGUAGGCCGGCCUCCCCGGAGGAGCCCCCUCUGGCCACCACCUGCUAG